AUGGAGGGAUUCCGGCCUCGGGGGGAACCGGCCUGCCAAUUGGUCUCCCUCCAUGUGCGAAGAGCCUGGGCGCUGCAUCCGGAAAAUCUGCAGUUCAUCGUGGCCAAGUCGCACAGCAGUCUCCGGCAGCUCACUUGGGUCUUCGAGAAGCGAUGCAGACAGAUCGAGACCCUCCGGAUAGCAGACCUGGUAAGGGACGAAGUGCCGCCGAGAAAUAUAAGGCGAGAAGCGUUCAAUUGGAGUUCUUACAUGGGGGAUGUUCUCAAUAGCAUGAUGCCCCACUUGGAACAUCUGCAGCAUCUCGAGGUUUGCGGCAUGGUUGAGCUGCCGCUGUUGCAUGCUUGGAACCAGAAUGUGCUUCCGUUCCAUCUGAAGUCUCUUUUCAUCGACCGGUACUUUGGAUACAGAUUUAAAGAUCAGAUCCUCCAGUUGGAUCGAGCUGAGGGACCGCUCAGUAGACUCGAGAAGCUGGCAAUCGACGAGCAAGUCGAAGUCGAUUGCCCGACAGAGGAAUGGCAUGCUAUGCGAGCUCUCUGUCAACGCCGAGGAGUCGAAUUCAGAAUUCAUAGGGAUGACUUAUCCCAGAACGGGGCAACACAAACCGUCUGGUGGUUGGGACUAGCAUAA